UUCUGCUUCAACUCUUCACAAUUCCUUAAACCCUAACCCUAAAUUUCAGCCUCUGUAAAUCCUCAAUACCUCCCCUAUUCAAUUGAUUCUCCAUCUCCAUGAUCUAAUUCAGCAGAGCAACCAAAAAUUCUGGUGAAAAUAAUAAUAAAAAAAAAACGAUGAUUCCUCUGUUUCCCUGUAUUCUGCUUCAGUUUUUUCUCGCCUUUACCGUCCCGACGAUUCCCAGCGCAAGCUGCGAGAAGGACACUAUAUAUGAGAUUUUGCGGGCGCACGGGCUGCCGAUGGGGUUGCUCCCCAAGGGCAUAACCCAUUUUGACGUUGACGAAGCGGGACGGUUUGAGGUCCACCUGGAUCAGGCCUGCAACGCCAAGUUUGAAAGCGAAUUGCAUUACGACAGGAACGUUUCUGGAACUUUGAGCUAUGGGCAGAUCGGGGGGUUAUCGGGGAUAUCGGCUCAGGAGUUGUUUCUUUGGUUCCCGGUUAAAGGGAUUCGUGUCGAUGUACCUAGUUCCGGUCUUAUUUACUUCGACGUCGGUGUCGUAUUUAAACAGUUUUCGUUGUCGUUGUUUGAAACGCCAAGAGAUUGUAUGGCGGUACGGUCUUCGGAAUUCGAUGUUGGGAUUCAAGACGGCAAGCUUAUAGCUGAAGCGGUGGCCAAGAGCCAAUAUAUGAAUCUGCGAAAUGAUAUCGAACAGAAGUAUUUCGGGAGGGAUGUUCUGUAGAAUUUGAUGGAGAAGGUGUUACCAGUUCAGCUCAUGGGGAUCCAUUGUAAAUGUUGUCAGGGAGUCUGCUUAGCAAUUGGCAGGUUCUACGCUUCCAUCCUGUGUGCUUGCGUGCAUUUUUGUUUUCUAUAUAGUGCAGAGUCCAGCUCCUGUCUGCAAGGAUUGUUGGUGAAUCGAAUUGACCAAGGAAGAAUAGAAGGGAAAGGCAAUGUUGUGAUCUUCAGUGGUAAAUUUACAUAUAAAAGAUAAAGUGAGGUGGGAGAAUUCAGUUGGUGAAUUCAGGUCUUAACCAGAAGGGAUUCUAUUCUAAUUGUCAGAGAGUUUGACGAGGUUCUGUAGAUGGUACAGUGAGUAGAUUUCUCUCAAGGGUUUUUUCUUCUAACAAUUCUUCUCCUAUUGGUUGGUUUUACGUUUUUCUGUCUCUUUUCCCUGGGAGGAGGGUUUUUUCUUCUAAGAGCUUGGAAGUUAAUGAGUGGCUUGUAGUCGUAGAAAUGCAACUAAUUAGUAGGAGGCUUUGAAUGGUUCUGAAUUGUGGAUCUGUUAACAUCCAGAGUUUCUGAGGACACAGUAUACUACUUUAACUUGACUACAUUCUGUGUCAUGGAGCCUAAUGAAAUUUCUCCAAAAUUUCCAAGUGUGGAAUCAUUCUUUCUUUCACUAUCUUUUCCCAUUUUUGGUUGAAAUAUGUUGACCGAAUUAGAAACUGUACCAUACACAGUCUAAGCUGUUAUAUGCAGAUAGGAGAGGGACUUUUAUACACCAUAACUAUUUGCCACUGCAGAAUUUUUUCUGGCAGUAUCUUUAGCCGACCUUAGAUUCUUUCUUCUAAAUGCUGAAAUGUAGCUUUCUAAUACUGCCAUGCCACUUUUGAAAUGGACACUCAAAGAUUUGACAGCCUUGUUGUGUUUUUCGGAGGGUCCCUGCCACAUUUUUCCAUAGUUUUCUUGGUUACUGAAAAAUUGUCUAGUUAAGAUGCUGUGAAUCCGUAAUAGAGGUCUUAUCAUUGA